UUAUAAAGACUGAAACGGCUUUAAUGUAUGAUGCUGUUCACUUGUUCGCUCAUGCACUACAUGUUUUGGAUGCCUCUCAACAAAUAGAUAUCAAACCAUUAUCAUGUGAGUUAACCAAUACCUGGGACCAUGGCUAUUCAUUGAUAAACUACAUGAAAAACGUUGAAAUGACCGGACUGACUGGCUCAAUAAAGUUUGAUAAUCAAGGCUUCCGUUCUGAUUUCAUUUUAGAUAUUAUCGAGUUAAAUACAAAAGAUGGAUUACAAAAAAUUGGGCGCUGGAAUAGCACACGAGGAAUAAAUUUUACUAGAAGUUACGGUGAAAUAUAUACUCAAAUAGUUGACAAUUUGCACAAUAAAACUUUUAUUGUAACUACAAUUUUGAGUGCACCGUACUGUAUGUAUAAAGAAUCAAGUAAAACACUUUCUGGAAAUUCUCAGUUUGAAGGUUACAGUAUUGACCUUAUUCAAGAAAUCUCACGUAUAUUAGGAUUCAAUUAUACAAUACAAAUAGUACCAGAUGGCAGAUAUGGAUCAUUUAAUCGAAAGACAAAAGAAUGGGAUGGAAUGAUUAAAGAGCUCUUAGAUCAAAAAGCUGAUCUCGCUAUUGCAGAUCUUACAAUUACGUAUGAUCGUGAACAAGCGGUUGAUUUUACGAUGCCAUUUAUGAAUUUAGGAAUAAGUAUACUUUAUAGAAAACCAGUCAAACAGCCUCCUAAUUUAUUUUCUUUUCUUAGUCCUUUGAGCUUAGAUGUAUGGAUAUACAUGGCAACUGCUUAUUUGGGUGUAUCAGUACUUCUUUUUAUACUUGCAAGAUUUAGUCCUUACGAGUGGGAAAACUCUCGAACCAGUACUAAUCAAAUUCCAACGUUAGAAAAUGACUACACGUUGUUGAAUUCUUUAUGGUUUACAAUUGGAUCACUUAUGCAACAAGGCUCCGAUAUUGCUCCGAGAGCUAUAUCAACACGCAUGGUGGCUGGUAUGUGGUGGUUUUUUACAUUGAUAAUGAUUUCAUCAUACACAGCAAACCUUGCAGCAUUUCUAACAGUCGAACGAAUGGAUUCACCAAUUGAAAGUGCUGAAGAUUUAGCUAAACAAACAAAAAUUAAAUAUGGUGCUUUAAAAGGUGGUAGUACAGCAGCGUUCUUUAGGGAUUCGAAUUUUUCAACUUAUCAAAGAAUGUGGCAUUUUAUGGAAAAUGCUAACCCAUCAAAUGAAGUAUUUACGAACAGUAAUGUUGAAGGGGUUGAUCGCGUGGUUAAAGGAAAAGGAAGUUACGCUUUUUUAAUGGAAUCAACUUCGAUUGAAUAUGCUAUCGAAAGAAAUUGUGAAUUAACGCAAAUUGGUGGACUUCUAGAUUCAAAAGGCUAUGGAAUCGCCAUGCCACCCAAUUCACCUUACAGAACAGCUAUAAGUGGUGCUAUUCUAAAGCUGCAAGAAGAAGGUAAACUUCAUAUAUUGAAAACUAAAUGGUGGAAAGAAAAACACGGAGGUGGCUCAUGCAGGGAUGAAACUUCGAAAAGUAGCUCAACAGCAAGUGAACUAGGUUUGGCAAAUGUAGGCGGUGUCUUUGUCGUAUUGAUGGGAGGCAUGGGAAUUGCAUGCGUUGUUGCAGUUUGCGAAUUUUUGUGGAAAAGUAGAAAAAUUGCUGUUGAAGAGAGGGUAAAAACAUUGCAAAGAAUAUCAAAUUUCAAAAAAAUAUUUCAAAAUUCAACAAAUUUCGACGAAUCUUCAACUACAGCGAACCCGAGGCUAUCGUCCAUAUUGGCAUACGUAUGUAGAAAGAGGCAAAGAUCGUCUGAAAAACCUAUAUGUAUAGGAUUUACUGAUCUUCAAUAAUAUUGUCAACUUUAAGCACUCGUACGCCAAUAAAAAUGUAUCGUAAAAAUUCUCAAAACCCAGUAUUGUAUUUCAAACAAAUCAUCAAAUUAUACAACUAACGUAUCGUUAACUCAGAUUUUUAUAUGAAAUACUUUUGUUUGUUAAAGAGGUAUUUUAUUAAUAUAUGUUUAAUAAAGUAGUAA